AUUUCUACACUCAUUAUCUUUCCUUCCCAGUAUCCUCUUUGCUGAUCUAAAGGGUUUCACACUGUUAUCCAUGAACAUGUCUGCUCAGGAGUUAGUGCGCUUACUCAAUGAGCUCUUUGGACGUUUUGACCGGCUAGCCGACGAAUAUGACUGCUUGAGAAUAAAAAUCUUAGGGGACUGUUACUACUGUGUAUCUGGGGUACCAGAGCCUCAGCGAGCACAUGCCCGCUGCUGUGUGGAGAUGGGACUAGCUAUGAUCAGCACCAUUCGAUCUGUAAGGAAACAACUGAACUUUGACAUGGAUAUGCGAAUUGGGAUCCAC